AUGUCAUCCAGCAACAAAAACAAGGACAACUUCGUCGACAAGACAGGUGGAAGGCUGUGUUGCUCAAAAAAUGAUAUGGAGAUCAGUAAACUCAGAAAGGAGAAUGCAUAUCUUAGGAAGUCAUUGGAUGAGCUGUCUCCUCAGAAAGGAGAACGAUCAGAUUCUGGAAAUAACAAGCUUUUAUUAGAGAAAAUCCUGUCACUGGAGACUCUACGGGAGAAGAACGCUCAGCAGCUGCUGGCCAGAGACCAGGAAAUCUGCUCUCUUUGGCAGCAGGCCCAUGCGGCAGAAGGUGAGACAGUGGCCGGUCUGCAGGCCCAGAUAGACCACUAUGUCAGGGAGGCCGACCAGAGAAAAAAACUAUUCCAGUCACUCCAAGCCGAGACAGAGGACGUUAAGAACAAGCUGGUGUCCGUGUCAGCUAAGUGCCAGGAGCUGGAUAGUAGACCUGGCGCUGGGCAGCAGAGCUGCCCAUCAGAUGGACAGGUGCUCACCACCAGUACUGCAAUGAGCCACGACCACCUCACAGAUGCCCUGGAAAAGAACCAGCAGUGGCUGGCCUACGACCAGCAGAGAGAGGCAUACGUGAAGGUGGUCUUGGCCCGGGUGUUUGGGCUGGAACAGCAGCUGAACCAGGCCAAGCGGGCCCUCGCACAGCAGCAUAAAGACACCCACUCAGAAGAGAGGUCAGUGCAGAUACAGAAGCACUAUGAGAAAUUGUUACUGACGACCAAGAGGGAGCUGGAAACUCAGAGAGAGCAGUUCAACACAGCCCAGAGACAACUGUCUGAGCUGCAGUGUAGGUAUGAGGAGAAGCAGAGAGAGGUGGGAGAGGUGAGGCAGCAGUUCCAGGCGGAGAGGCUGAGUAUCUGGCAGAGUGUCCAGAAGGAGAAGCGUCGCUCUGGGGACAGAGAGGGCCAUCUGUGGGAUGACAUGGAAGAGCUCCAGGCUAGACUAGAGGAAAAGGAGACCAGGUCUGCUGAGCUCCUAGUACAGGUGAAUCUACUGCAGAAAUCCCUACUGAGCCUGCAUGAGGAGCAGAAACGCGUCACAAUUCUGGAACAGCAGAUCCAGGUGUCCGCCAAAGACCUGGAGGAUGAGAAGCGAGACUGUCAGUAUUUACAACAACAGCUCCACAAGGUGUUGAAGGAGUUACGCAAGGCAAAGGACCACGUUGCCAAACUCGAGUCAGAGAAGGGGCAGAGGGAGUUGUCCCGCCUGUACGAGGCCAGCGCUCACUGCAGACCCCCAGCACCCCUGAAGCGCUCCAAAGAGAGCGUCACCUCCCACUCUCAGGUCCCCAAGCUGCUAGACAAGAGCUUCUUAGAGUGCCCCAGCUGCCAAGCCCAGUACCCCACCAGGCACCACCGAGAGCUGCUGGCCCACCUCGAGCACUGUCUGGGCUGUACAGGGCUGGAAGCAUAG